AUGGUGUUCAUUGAUGACGAAAUAAAAGAUAUACAAACCACUAUUAAAGAAAUUCAUAAGGCACUUUUUAAAGUGGAUAAGCAUUUGGAUAAAGCAUUGCCGAUGAUGGAAGAAGGUAUCAAACAAUUCAAUCAAGUCGUGCGUGGAAUUGUUAAAGACAUCAAUACUGUACGCAAUGGUACUAUUAAUAUUGCAUCGAAGUUUCCAAGUCGUACUAUUUAUAUCGCGCUAUUAAUCUUUAUUGAUAUUUUUUUAUGGAUAUUUGUUCUAUUACUGAUUUUCUAUCUCAUUAAAUCUCUUCGCAACUACUACUGCAAAUCAAAUGAAUCAAACGAUGAUUCGAAAAUGCCGCUGAAAAUUCUGAACAACCUUCGAUAUUCACCUAAUCAUGAAUUUAACUCUUCAAGUAUUAAAGCUUCAUCAAGCAAUUUUAUUGAUUCCGAUCGUAAUUUCUUGUUGUCCAGUAAUUCAUGA